UUAAUACGGUCCUUGUGCGUCUGCUUUGCAUGUUACGUAUGAUUCGUAGCUCGCGAAGUACUUCUGUUGCAUGUUGUAUGAGCUGCGCGCGCAGCGCCACGGCCCAUGUUCUUCGGGUGUCUCGCGUUGGCUGUCGGGAUCACUUUGCCGCUGUGUGGAAAUGUCCGCCAUGUUUUCCAUGGCGCAGGGAGCGGAUCGGCCAAGAGAAAAUAGGUUUUAAAACCAGCAAAACUCGAUAAAAAUGGCUUCUCGUACUGGAUUCCGUGCCAAUGGGAACCCAUGAGUCAGACCGUGGUGAAAAUAAUCGGGUGCCCUGUGGCUUUGGACCGAGUUUUUGACUGAAUUCUGGCAGGAUAAAUGUUUCCUCCACAUCUUGUGUUAUUGUGAUAGGCGAAAACAAUGAGUAAACUAUCGUUCCGGGCGCGAGCGCUAGACGCCGCCAAACCUCUCCCCGUAUACCGCGAUAAAGACCUUCCGGACCUAAACGACUGCGUCUCCAUCAACCGAGCUGUCCCUCAAAUGCCAACAGGGAUGGAGAAAGAAGAAGAGUCGGAGCACCAUCUGCAGAGGGCCAUUUCGGCGCAGCAGGUGUUCCGGGAGAAGAAGGAGAGCAUGGUCAUCCCCGUGCCCGAGGCCGAGAGCAACAUCACUUACUACGACCGUCUGUACAAAGGGGAGUGCUGCGUUCCCAAGCAGCUUAUCCACAUUCAGCCUUUCAGCCUGGACAACGAGCAGCCUGACUACGACAUGGACUCCGAAGACGAAACCCUUCUCAACAGACUCAACAGGAAGAUGGAGAUUAAACCCUUCCAGUUUGAAAUCAUGGUCGACAGGCUAGAAAAAGCCAGUGCCAACCAGCUCGUCACUCUACAGGAAGCCAAACUGCUGCUGAACGAGGACGACUACCUCCUGAAGUCGGUCUACGACUACUGGGUGAGGAAGAGGAAGAACUGCCGGGGGCCUUCCCUCAUCCCGUUCAUCAAGCAGGAGAACCGGGACGGGUCCACCAACAACGACCCCUACGUGGCCUUCCGCCGGCGGACGGAGAAGAUGCAGACCCGGAAGAACCGCAAGAACGACGAAGCCUCCUAUGAGAAGAUGCUCAAGUUGAGGAGGGAGUUCAGCACGGCCGUCACUAUUCUGGAGAUGAUCAAAAGGAGGGAGAAAUCCAAACGAGAGCUGCUUCACCUGACCUUGGAGGUGGUGGAGAAAAGAUAUCAGAUUGGCGACUUCGGAGGGGAGAUUCUCAACCAGUUGGCCAUUCCUCGAACUGAAAAGCCCAUUUACACCGCGCCGAUAUCUCUGCCUAAUGGAAAUCGCCACAAAAUGGACAAUAAAACCAAGCGUCCGCAUCACAUCUCGGUGAAGGACGAGCUGCCUUUCGACUUCGUCCGGCCGAAGAAGAAGUACCCGAAGAAGACCAAGCUGGACGCGCUGAGGCAGCAGUGCCACCCCAUCCACCGGGCCGCCAUCAAGCGGGACAUCAAGCAGUACGAUUUCCACAGCUCCGGGGACGAGGACUACCCGCAGGUCCAGUCCCCUGUCUCAGAACCAGACGAGGAGAAUGAUCCAGACGGCUUGUUUGGUUUCAGGAGGAAAGCUGGGUGUCAGUACUAUGCUCCGUGUGAGGACCGCAGCAGCUCCCCGCUGUGGGAUGGCCCCCCGGAGGCAGGGCAGAGGGAGCUGCAUCUCAGACACUGCCUCACCGCCCUGUCCGUCCCGCGCCGGUGCGUGGGGCUCGCCCGCCGGAGGGUGGGCAGGGGAGGCAGGGUCAUCAUGGACCGGGCCUCCUCUGUACACUACCGCGUCCUGAAGCUGCUGGACCCGGAAACGUUCGCCCCCGCCGGGGAGCGCCCGGACCCGGCCGGGCGGACCAACCCCUCCGCCGCCCCUCCCGGGAAGGCCGGCUCCCUCUCCGAAAUCCUGGAAAACAUCCGCACCUGCCGCUGGCGCUGCUUCAGGCCCCGGCCCCUCCCGGGCCGGGACGGCGGCGACGAAGACGGGGGCCCGGAGAGGAAGACCGCGGGGGCGCCCGGCGACAGGCUUCAGGAUGCUUCCGGGGCCGCUCCGAACGCUCCCAAGAACCGGGCUCCAGGCAUCACGGAGGAGCAGUACCAGACCCACCAGCAGCAGCUGGCUCAGAUGCAGAAGCAGCAGCUGGCCCAGCUGCGGCAGAAGCCGCCGUCCCAGAAUGCCUCGCUGCCAGUGCGUCUCAAUGCGCAGGUGCCAGGCCCUUCGGCCCGAGCGGCCAAAACCCUGGACUCGGCCAGCGCCCACUUCGCCGCAUCCGCCGUGAUCAGCGGCUCCGGCCCGGGGGUCCCAGAGGCCGGCAGGGACCCCCGCAACCACGGUGCCAGCGUCAACGGCCUGGGCCAGACUUCAGGGACCUCCAGACCCCCUCACUCCACCAGCAGUAGCGUGCCACCCUCGGUCCCAGUGCAGCUGCUCCGGACCAGCUCUGCCCCCGGGGGCCCCAACGCCCCCCAGUCCCUGCCGGGCGGGGCCCUCCUGAAAAACGUGGGCGCCGUGUCCCCCGUCAACCUGCCUCUGGUGGGCCGGGCCUCGGCCCCCUCACCGUCUGCCUUAAAGCUGGCCACAGUCGCUGCCACCGCCCUGGAGAGGCCCCCCAGAGUCACCCCCGCCAGCGGAGUGGGCAGCAUGGCCAGGUCCGCCCCGCGACCACAGCCCGUGUGAGAAGAGAACCAUGAGCGCGAGAGACUGGCUCUGAACGGAAUAUCGGACACCACAAUGGCAAUGGAGGUCACAUAGUCGCUGGUGCACACGCGCACGACAACCACUCCACUGACUCGGAAUGAAUUCACACUUCCACUUCUCUGUGUCUUUGCUCAUUUUUACACGGACCUAUAUUCAACUGCAGCAUAUCAAAAUAUUAAGAAAAUUUUGUCUAUAUAUAUAAAUAUAUAAAUAUAUAAAUGUACAUUUUGUAAAAUUGGGAAUAUCACUACCUUGUAAAAUAGUAUAUUUGUAUCAUUAGUAUGUUAUUUCUGUUACUUGAAUUCUAGAUAUUUUGUCAUCAUGCUUUUGCACUUGAAAAUGCAACCGACAAGAGGAAACACAAGGUGCAGAGAUUCUGUUUGGGGGAUCAUGAGAAUGGGUCCUGCCUCACUUGUUUUAACUAUUUAUUUUGCAAUGUUUACAUUUUGUAUCUUGUACAAAUAAAUCAAAUUUUGUGUCUACAAAA